AUGGUUAUAUAUAGAGUUAUCAUCGCACUUUUUAUAACAACAUCACUGAUUGGUCAACACAUGUGUGGUGUGUGUCCAUCAGUGGACACAAUAAAGCCGUGUAAAUGUGUCACAAAAGCCGGUAAUAAAACACAUAUAGUUUGCGGCGGAAACACAGCGCUAGACCUGAAGAAUGUCUUCGAGAGAUUUAGCAAAGAAUUACAGACCAACGGAUCCGCUGAUGACAAACACUUUGAUUUGUUUGACUUAAAACACAACAAAAUCACUGAACUCGCGGACAAUACCUUCGCCGACAUCUCAUUCAAUGCCAUACAUAUAGAGGCAAAAGCGUUGACAACUGUCCGCCGGAAUGCGUUCGCCGGUCAGAGAGGUGUCCGACGGCUGACCAUCACUGAAACACCGGUCACUGACUCCCAACUGUUCCCCUCAAUCGGCGCGAUGAUAGGGUUGACACAUUUGCAGAUUAUUGCAACAGAAUUGACACAAAUUCCGGGCAAUUGUUUUGAUUUGUUGACGGAUUUACGGGAAAUUAAAUUGAAUGAAAAUACAGGCUUAAAACGGAUUAACAGCCGGGCGUUCGUAGGCCUGCCAUCGGUGGACACAAUCCAUUUGGACCUAAACAAUAUCCGUCAUAUCGAUGAUCAGGCAUUUCUAGCGCAUUUAAAUGAGAAAGUUUACGGGAAUUUUUUACGGUAUAAUCCGUUUAAUUCCAUUGGGUUGGCGACCAUAGACUGUACCGACUGUCGCAAUGCAUGGCUA